CAGGUCCAACUUCAUCAAGUUCUAUCCCAAGUAUUGGUAACAGUAAUAACAAUAAUUCUAAUAAUAAUAAUAACAUAUCAUCAUCUUCAUCUUCAGAAGAUCCUCUUUCAACUUCAAGAAAUAAUCUAUCUCAAUCAAGUUUCUUAUUCAAUCCUGGUAGACAAGAUUCCAUAAGUGCUUUAUUAAAUAAUUAUCCUUCAAACGCCAAUCGUUCAAGUUAUACCACCAAUAAAGAAAAUUUAACCAUGGUAAAUAAUCAGAAUCAAUCAAAUACUAAUAAUAGUAAUAGUAAUAACUCUUAUUCGAGUUAUUUCAGAGAUUCAUUGCCUCCAUCAUCGUUUAAUCAGCAGCAACAACAACAACAACAACAACAACUUCAUCAAUUUCAACAACAACAGCAAUAUCAACAACUCCAACAACAAGCUCAACAGCAAGCUCAACAACAACAGCAACAACAACUGAUUCCUGUUAUAAGACCAAGAGGUGAUAGUAUUUUCUUACCACCACCCAUCAAUUCUCAACUAAGACUGACUAAUACUAGCGAUAAUUACGAUAAUAAUAAUAAUAGUAACAAUAAUUCCGGAUCUUCAGCAAAUAAUGCUAGUAAUUCAUUUUCUUCAAGAUCAAACAGUAUAUUUUCAUCAUUAAUCCAAUUACCUAAUUCAGCAGGAAACUCCAUAAGUGAACAAUCCAAUAAUGGAAAAUUAAAUUCAUCAAAUAACAAUAAUAAUAAUAAUAAUAACUCCAAUAAUACCGCUGGCGGUCCAAGACCAAGACAAUUAUCUAUAUUUCCAUCUUUAUCCCAACAAGGUAUGCAAGAACCAUUCUCGAUUGAAGAUUUGGAAAAUUUGAUCAAUAAAGAAAGUUUAGGUAAUUUAAUGUCAUGGCAACAACAACAACAACCCGAUUCAAAAUCAAGUAUAUCAGGUGGAACUCCAAGUGGUACUAGAUCAAAGUUUGGUUCUAUAGAUUUAUCCAUGUGGAAUGAUAAUAACAAUAAUAAUAAUUUCUCAAAUCAAAAUAGUAUAGUUGGUGUACCAAAUAAUGGAUCUAUUAGUGGAUUUAAUGGUAGUUUGGGUGAUUUUAUAGCGGGAAUGAUAUCAAAUGGUAGUAUUGAUUUAAGUGGAAUAAAUGGUCAAAGAAGAGAUUCUAUAUUGAAAUUUGUUAAUGAUCUGCAAACUUUUAGAAAUCAAAGAAUUCCAAGUACAGAAUUAGAUAAAAAGAAUAAUUCAAAUAAUACCACUAAUACUCUUCCAACCGUCAAUCCUUUAGGUACUAAUACCAAGUUAAGAGAAGAUAUCUUUUCCAAAGAUCAAUCAUCAUCUACAAAUCAUAAUAAUAAUAAUCAAUCUGCAUCUGAUCCAUUAGCACCUGCUCCAAAUCAAACUGAUCUGAAAUUGAAUGAUAAUUCUAAAAAGUCGAAAAAUACUAAGAAGAAGAAUUCUCCUUCGAGUUCAGCAGGUAAUUCAACUAAUAAUAGUAACAAAUUAUCAGUCCCUGAUAAAGAUCAUUUAUCUCCAACUUCAUCCAUGUCUUCAAGAGCUUCUGGUAAAUAUAAUGAUGAACCUCAAUCUCCAAAGACAAGUCCUUCAAGCUAUAAUUCUAGACUUCAACAACAACAACAAUACGGAAAUUAUCAACAACGUCCACCACCUGGAACUCAAUCUCAUCCUUCAAUGUAUAAUUCUCAACAACAACCUCAACCGUUACCUCAACCAAUGGCACCGCAAAGAAUGUUUGAUAAUUAUCAAAUUCCAACUCAAAAUCAAAAUCAAUACUAUAAUCCAAAUUAUGCAUCUCCAAAUCAAUUCCAAUCUUUACCUCCUAACGCAACUAUUAGAAAUCAACCACCUCCAGCUCCAACUCAACCUCUGGCUAAUUAUUUUUCAUCUCCUCAACAAAUUGCAUACCAUCAACAAUUUUUAUCACCAACUAGUUUCCAACAACAGCAACCAUCACAACCUCAACAACAGCAACAACAAAAGCCAUCCAAACCAGCUAAACAAACGAAAGCAAAACAAGCUAGAAAACCAUCUCAAACAAGAAAAUCACGUCAAAAGAAUGAAGCUAAUAUUGACCAAUCAAUUGUUCCUACUCCAAGUAAAACUAAUGAAACUUUGGUAACAGCUCAACAAUAUGUUAAAUCGGAAGAUGGUCGUCCAUUAGUUGGUGCAACAAAAAUUGAUCAAUUGAUGCUUGUUAUACAAGCCCGUGAUAAAGGUAUAACUAAUCAAAUUCAACAAGCUCCCGAUGGUAGUAUUUUAGGUUCUCCUAAUUUUUCAACUGAUAAAUCUGGUAAAGAUACUAGUGUUUUACCACGUCCUGUUAAUCUUGUUGGAGGUGUUGAUAAACCUACCAAGAGAUCAAUUAGUGAUUUUGAAGAUGAUGAUGAUGAUGAAAAUGGUGAUGAUGAUGAUGAACUUGAUGAAAAUGGUAAUCCUAAACAUGGUGGUAAGAGAAGAAAACAUAAGACUCAACAAUGUCCUCAUUGUUUCAAGACAUUUACUCAAUCAACUCAUUUAGAUGUUCACAUUAGAUCUCAUAUUGGAUAUAAACCAUUUGAAUGUAGUUAUUGUCAUAAAAAGUUUACUCAAGGAGGUAAUUUAAGAACUCAUUUAAGAUUACAUACUGGAGAAAAGCCAUUCCCUUGUGAUAUUUGUGAUAGAUCAUUUAAUCGUAAAGGUAAUUUGGCUGCUCAUAAGUUAACUCAUGAAAAAUUAAAACCAUUUGAAUGUAAAUUGGAUAAUUGUGAUAAAUCAUUUACUCAAUUAGGUAAUUUGAAAUCUCAUCAAAAUAGAUUCCAUUUAAAUACUUUGAAUAUGUUAACUCAAAAAUUAGCUCAAUUAAGUGGACCAGCUGUGAAUCUGUUACCAAAUGAAGAACGUGAAUUAUUAUUAUACUUUAAAGAUUUAUAUAAAAAUUCAAAUAAGGGUAUUAGAGGUAGAGGGAAGCAAAAGCAAUCUUCUAAUGAUUCAGGUUCAUCUCCGGAUGAUUCCAAUGCACCUACUUCAAACUCAAAUUCAGCUUAUAUCGGGAGUUCAACCAGUCCAUCUAAUAUGAAUCAAUUUAGAUUACAACCUCAAUCACCUCAACAACUGCAACUGCAACAACAUCUUCAACAAACUUUACCCCGUCAGAUCAUGCAACCUUCCAAUGCCAAUCAUUCUCAAGCUCAAUUUCCUAAUCAGCAAUCAAUGGAUUUCAUGAGUAAUCAAUUAGCAGGAUCCAUUAAUGGUUAUAGAAAUUAAAUGCCGACAUAUU